CCAUGGGUUGCAGGAGUCCGUGAUGGUGUCUGUGUGCCUCUGCUCGGAAGGGUACUCCCCAGUGACCAUGGGCUCCAGCUCCGUGACCUACGUGGACAACAUGGCCUGCAGGCUGGCCCGUCUGCUGGUCACCCAGGCUGAUCGCCUCACAGCCAGUAGCCAUCAGACCCUGCUGACCCCGUUUGCCCUGACGGUGGGAGCAUUGCCUGCCUUGGACGAGGAACUCGUGCUGGCUCUGACUCAACUGGAGUUGCCUCUUGGGUGGACUGUCUUGGGAAAUACUUCACUUGAAGGUGCUCUUCACAGAGAGUCUCUUCUACACCUGGCUGUGAGAUGGGGCCUGCCUAAGCUUGCCCAGUUCCUCGUGUGCCUCCCGGGGGGAGUCCAGGCUUUGGCUUUACCCAACGAAGAGGGCUCCACGCCAUUAGACUUAGCUUUAAAUGGCGGGCACUCCAAGCUGGUAGAAGACAUCACAAAUUUCCAGGGCAGACGUUCCCCAGGCUUCUCCCGAGUGCAGCUCAGCGAAGAUGCCUUCCUGCAGUAUAUUCACUCGUCAGAAACGCUGACCCUGACGCUUAACCACACAGCCGAGCAUUUGUUGGAGGCAGAUAUUAAGCUCUUCAGGAAAUACUUUUGGGACCGAGCCUUUCUCAUCAAGACUCUUGAAGAGCAAGAAGCCAGGCCAGAGGAAAGAUCAGAUAUGCCCUCUAGUGCUGCAGAAACCAAAGAAGAGAUUAAGAAUUUGGUAUCCAGCAGAUCAUCACCAGAACAGGAGGAUGUAAAGGGUGUGAAGAGCCUGGUGGUUCCACUGAAUGAACAUGAAGACCAGGUCAGCCUAGAUUCAGGAAAUUCCUGGGCUGAGGAUAAUUUUGGAAUUUGGAUGGAUCCUCUCUGUAACCUCAAGUCUAACUCAGAAGAGUGA